ACAUUGUGGACCGUCAGCGUCAGUACCGCCGGUGAAUGUCGGUCUGCGAACAGAACCCGGUGUUCUGAGCGUGAAGCCGUCCGUUUGGACCCACUCUGCACCGGCACCACACACACAGCGGUAACCAAGGUUACGGGUCGUGACUUUGACGGUUAAAAACCCGGAAGUACCCUUCAGAAUGAAGUUGGACCGACCCAGAACGGGCUGAAGUUAAUGUAUCAUAUUUGUUUGUUUGAAGCGAACAUUUUCUGUCUCCGUGUCGUGUUUCUUCAGCUCAGCUACAUGUUAUAAACAUGUCUUUACUGUGUAGUAACGCUUUAAGAGCCGCGCGCUCCUACCUGCACACUCACCUGACCGGAAACCUGAGACUCUGUAAACAGGUCUGUUGUCCGGUUCAAAGACUCUGCAGUCCACGGAGAGUCAACUCAAACAUAUGUUUGAUGCUCUGCAGUAAGACACGGGCAGGUCCAGUCCUGGCCCAUAGGGGGCGCCACUUGCACACCACUGCUCCUAAACGGGCUCUGCCUGCCCCCCUCGUGUGGAUGGUCCUGAAGCCCCUGCAGAAACUGCUGGCUGUCCUGCUGGGCAGGAGUAUAAGGAAAUGGUGGGCAGCUUUACCACACGACCGCAGACUGCUACUGCGCAGAUGGGUCCAGGGGCACCGCUGGCACCUGGCAGCAGGGGGGAGCGUUGCCUCACUGAUCGUAGCCCUUCUCCUCCUAACCCACCUGGAUGAGAGCCCACUGACGGGACGGGUCCGGCUGCUGGUGUUCAGCAGAGAGACGUACUUGGAGCUGGCAGAUCUGACCUCAGAGGCUUACAUGGAGGAGUUUGCAGAGCUUCUUCUCCCCGUCACUCACCCUCUUCACCAGAUGGUGGAGCAGGCGGUGCAGCUCUUGGUACAAAGAAACAAGGACAUCCUGGAAGUGUCGCAGGUCCCCUGGAGUGUCCAUGUGGUGGAGAGUCCUGAGGUCAAUGCCUUUGUCCUGCCAAACGGGGAAGUGUUCAUGUUUACAGGGAUGUUGAAAUCUGUGGCAGAUGUUGACCAGCUCAUGAUUGUCCUUGGACAUGAAAUGGCCCACGCUAUACUGCAACACUCUGCAGAGCAGGCCAGCCUGUCCCAUGUGGUGGACCUCCUGUCUCUUCUGGUGGUGACCGCCAUCUGGGUCCUGUGUCCUGCAGACAGCCUGGCAGUGCUGGGAGGCUGGGCCAAGGACAAGCUSACAGAGCUGAUCUUCAACCAUCCUUACAGUCGGAAACUGGAGGCCGAGGCAGAUCAAGUGGGACUGCAGCUAGCUGCUAAG